AGUGCAGGCGUGCUGUUUCCAUCGAUGCUAAAUAGGUGUCACGCUGACGGAGGCGGCCGCUCACACACACGCGCGCCAGCGAGGAAGCAUGGAAACAUCAUGUCCCUCAGUCGAGCCAGGUUCCUGAGCUGCUCGGUCAGUGCGAGAGUUUACUGCAGUGCGAGCGCCCCCUGCUGAUUCCCAGCAGCAGUUUACAAAGAAAUCCCUGAGCGGCCAGCAGCGGAUGAUGGCGUUUAAAUGAAACCCUGCAGCUCUGCAUCUUCUACAUCAUCUGGACCCUGAUCGCCUCUUGUUCAAUCGUUAUAUUUAUUGGCCAGCUACUAAAGUAAGGGGCUUAAACAGGCAUUAUUUUGAUGAAAAGAUCAUUUGUUAGCAUGAAAGUCAGCAUACACCGUUUUAAAAUGAACUAUUUAUUGGUCUUUUAUUACUAUUGUUAUUACCUUAUUUGUUAAACUGGGGUCCAGCAUUAUGUUUGAUGAUGAAGCGUCCAAGUUAUUGAACUUUCCUUAUACGAGUGACGUUACAUUUUCUGAGGAAAGCGUUACAUGUAGGCUCCAAAAUCUCUCCUUAUCGCUACCUUAGUAUCUCACAGGAGACCUUGUGGUGAGGGCCAGUCCGUAGCAGUGUGAGCAACUGUAUUUCCAGAGGUGUGACAAGAGAAAGUUGAAGAUUCUGAAAGACGGAAAGUAGCUCAAUAGAAACUAGACCUGUUCUUAAACUACACUUAUUCACACAAGCGAGUCUCAUCGAACUGUGGUUCAAGUCUGAUGAACUUCUCAAUAAGAGCUUGUCAAUGGCACUACACUUAAGGUAAAGUAAAAAAAGUAAAACUGCCGUUCAAUGACGCACGCUUCAGUCAUGUUGUUAUAAAUAUCAUUUUUCUUGUUUUUGUUGUAACAGUUAUCUGUAUGGAAAUUGAUCUGUUCUUGGUUCUUGUUCUCUGCAGUGGUUUAUUUCCUUGCUAUUGGCUAUGAAUAGUAUUUUAUUUUUGGUUUCUUCUAUUAUUCCUUAUGGUUCUCCUAUUUUUUUUUACUUUAUUCCUUUAUUGAAAUUAUGGCUUAUUCAUUUAUUUGUGUGGUAAAUUGUAUUUAUUUACUUUCAGUAUUUUUCAUUUUAUUUUAUAGCGCGUGUUGUCAGAAUUAAUGGCUGAUCUUUACUUACUAAAUUCUGUUGCUUUCUUUUACUCAUUUGAGUGAUAAGAGUUGAGCGUCUGUGCCGUCGGUAGCUAGGUCGAAUUUCCCCUGCCCUUAUUGUGAAGGGCAGCUGUCUCUGACGUCAGGCAACAUGUCUUCCGCCACGGAGCGGGGCCGCGCACCUGAAAAGCUGCGAUCGAUGUAGACCGUUCGGUCAGUUCCACUGCGAGCUGGUGUCGCGAUCAUGGAUCUGAGACGCUGCGCCUUUGCGCUGGUGUUUCUACCGAGCUGCGUCGCGCAGCUGACGUUCGCCUCCUACUAUGGGGAUCACAUGGUUCUGCAGAGAGCGCCGGAGAGAGCGGUGGUUUGGGGCUUCGGUCCUGAGGCUGCGAACCUCACCGUGUCCCUGUCGGGGCCGGUCGCACAGCAGGAGUCCGCUGUCACUGUUGCUGCCGGCAUCUGGAGGGUCACUCUUCAGCCGAUGCCACCUGGUGGUCCCUACAACCUGACGGUUCGCAGUCACAACAGCUCGGCUGUUUUGACCGAUGUGUUGUUCGGGGACGUGUGGCUGUGCGGAGGGCAAAGUAAUAUGUGUUUCACGAUGUCUCAGAUCUUUAAUUCAUCGGAAGAGAUCGCGAUUUCCAGCAGGUACCACCAGGUCAGGCCCUUCCAGGUGUCUUUAAAGACGAGCAACACUGAGCUGACGGAUCUGACCGGUGUGGACAUCCCCUGGUCAGUACCCUCACCAGAGGCGCUGGCCAAUUUCUCGGCAGUCUGUGCGCUGUUCGGGCGCUACAUGUACGACCAGCUGAAGUACCCCAUCGGUCUGGUGACGUCCUGCUGGGGAGGGACUCCUGUGGAGGCGUGGUCAUCUCACCGAGCUCUUCAACGCUGUGGACUUCAGAACUUGUUCGAGGGUGACCAACAUGACAACAGCGUCCUGUGGAACGCAAUGAUCCACCCACUGGUCAACAUGACCAUCAAAGGAGCCCUGUGGUACCAAGGUGAAAGAAAUGCAGCGUAUCAUCGCGAUGCGUACAACUGCUCUUUUCCCGCCAUGAUUGACGACUGGAGGAUGGUGUUCCAUGAAGGAUCUGGUGGCCAGACGUCAAAAAACUUUCCCUUUGGAUUUGCUCAGCUGUGCGUGUAUAAAAAGGGCUCCAGAGACGACGGCUUCCCUGAAAUCCGGUGGCACCAAACUGCCGACAUUGGCAUCGUACCAAAUAAGCGCAUGCCCAACACCUUCAUGGCCGUGACUCUGGAUUUGCCGGAUUAUAACUCACCCUACGGCCCGAUCCAUCCCCGCGACAAGCAGGACGUGGCCUACAGACUGAGUCUGGGAGCGAGGGCGCUGGCGUACGACGAAAACAUAUCCUUCCUUGGACCUUUCCCCCAAAAUAUACUCAGCGACGCCAUGUCCUUCUACAUCAUCUAUGACCAGGAAGUGAGGGCCUGGCAGUCGGUCAACAUCUUUGAGAUCUGUUGCGAGGGGUCUCCAUGCGAGUCCGAGACCAUCUGGCGGCCGGCUCCGAUGCUGACGAUGGGGGCGUCAACCAUCGAGGUGUCGGCGUUUUAUUGCUCAGGAACUUCCAAAGUGGCGGCCAUUCGGUUCGCCUGGAUGGACUGGCCAUGCGUCUUCAAGACCUGCCCCAUCUACAGCAAAGAUGGAGUUCUCCCUGCACCGCCCUUCGUCUUUUACGCACAAGCCAAGAGGCUCUCCCAGACUCUACCAGCAUUUGAUGUACAUUUGUGAGAUCUUUGUGGAAGAAAGAUUCACUCCACUUGUGCUCCUUUUUUCUUUAUGAACUAUGACGGUUUACCACUGUAAAUCGGAAUAUUGACUUGAAUGGUGAGGUGCAAUUAUUUCCGAGGAGUAGUCUAUAUUCUUAGGAAAUCGCAGUAUGAAUGUAGUACAUUUUCAGAAAAAACAGAUUCACUGUUUGACAUACCAUGAAGCAAUGUUGUUAGCGUGAAUGCGCAGUCAAACAGGAGAAUAAAAAAACUGAAAAUGGACCCAAUUAUGUGAUGA